AGCAAAGGAGGUUCAGCGCAGUGUGAAAACACGCAUCGAAGAGAGAGGAGCUCCAGGGAGCUCAUAUACUGGAUGAUGAUCAAGAACGAUGGAUAGUUAUGAUUAUUUGGCAGCCUUUGGAGGCAGAGAAGUUGAGGCAGCAGGACACCAGGAAAGAUGUGUGUCCACGGAGGAAGCAGAAAGCUUAAAGCUAGGACAAGAUAAUGUCAUCUGCCUGCCUGUGGGAUUCACCGGGCCAGUCUUCCAGGCAAGUUACUCCCAUCCGAACCUUCAGAAUGUUCAACCUCCUCAAGUUUCUCCUCAAAUACAAAAUAUUCAAAGGCUUAUCAACAAUCUCCCCACAAAUUCACAUACUGAUGUGCCCAACUAUAAUUUACAGUUGUCAAAUGUAAAUAAUGACAAUAAUCAAGGCAUAAUUGAUCAUCCCCAACAAACUGUUUCAAUCUGUAGUCCCUUACAGCUCAGUUGUGCACAAACUAUAGCAGAUGAAAUGUCAGUGAGUACAACAAACAGCUCUAUUCAGAUUAUGCCAGUAGGAGAGGCCCAGGCAGAAGAUCAAUCUUGCAACAAAUGGAAAAUUAUUAGGAAACCACAAAUAGGGAAAAGAGUGCCAAUUCGAAAAGCACCACAGGUUUUUCCAGAUCCAGCACCUGAGAGGAAAAGAACAGCCCCUAUUAACCCUGCAUAUACAAUUCGAAAGUCACGGAUUGCUAAUAGUGUCCAAAUGCGGCCAUAUAGGGAAAGGGUAAUUCACUUAUUGGCACUGAAGGACUACAAGAAAUCCGAGCUGCUUAUUAGACUGCAGAAAGAUGGCAUUAAAAAAAGUGACAAGAAUUCCCUUGGAAAAAUUCUUUACCAGGUAGCUGACUUAAAUACCCAGAAUUUUUCAUAUUCCUUAAAGAAUUGCAUUUAUAGAGAGAUCCAGAGAGAUUGGCCUGGAUAUAGUGAACUAGACAAGCAAUCAUUGGAUUUGGUACUUUCCACAAAAAUGGAUUCAUUUCAGAAUGCUACUGACACCCAUCACCCGGAAUCUUCUAUAGAUUCUAUUAAAGAUGGCACAUCAUCUUCUCAAACUAAGCUUUUAAAGUUGGAUGGUACUGAUUAUUUAAUAAAAAGAGGGCCUAGAAUAUCUCACCUGACAACGUCAGCACAGCCAAGAUCAAAUAACUACUUCACUAAUAAACAUGAAAAAUCUGAAGUUUGCCUACCAUCCUCUGUAACUCCAACCAAACAGAGCUGCCCAGCAUUUUUUACAACCUACCCAUCCAUUUCAAAUCCUUCUUUGCCUGUAAAUUCCAACAGUAAUUCCUGUAGCAAUCCACAAAGAUGUGGAACUCAAGAUCCACAUAUGGGCUGUGUCAGUCAAGACACUAUUAUCUUUCCAAGCCAACCUAAAGAGCAUACUUCUUUGGAAAACUUAGCUUCUAUCUCAAUUCAAAUGUAUCCAAAGCUGGGGGAGAAAAAAAAUUUGAUAUCUGAUGAGAAUUUUAAACAUAAAGCAAAAAAACAAAGUUGUAAUACUGACAUGAAAGAGAAGAAGGCAAGUUCUAAAGAUCAAGAUAAAUUUACAAACUCAAAUUCUAACAAAGCAGAAAGUUCUACCUCUGAGAAUACCUAUUCAGCAUCUGGACUUGAGGAUUAUUUGACUAAAUAUCACACUAUAGUUUCUCCAGAGCAACGUUGGCAUUAUGAACAGGAAUUUAGAGUAGAUUAUGAUGAAUAUCAGACAUUGUAUGCCAAGAUGCUGAACUUAUCUAAAGCUUUUAUUAGCUUAGAAUCAGAAAGGAAGCUGGUAUCUCCAAACUCAAAAGAAUAUCACAAUAUAAAUCAAAGAAUCUCACUAGAAUAUCAGCAGAUGAGACAGCUUAACCCUAAUUUUGCUGCAGAAAAAUGUAGAUGUGUAUAUCUUUAUAACAAGCUGGUUCAUAUUAAAAAAUUAAUAAAUGAUUUUGACCAGCAGCAAGCAACAUCAAAACACUAAAACAGUGCUUAUUUAACAACCUAAAUAAAAAUCUUACUCAUUAAAAAUUCCAAAUAACUUGCUAUAAGAUUCUAAGGGGAUUGAAACUUUUGUUUUAAUUUAUUUUUCUUCAUUUUAUUUCAAUUCUUGCUUAACUUUUAUUUUUAUUUUCAUUUUCUUUAUUAGUAUUUAAUUUUCGCUUUAUUUUUUCUUAAUUUUCUGCAUUUCAAAAGGAGUUUCAUUCAGUGCCUUUACCUCCAAUAUUUUGUUUCAUUCCUUUUUUCAGAAUAUCAAGGACCUAGUGACUAUGAAAUAACAUUUUGCACAUUUAAAAAAUAAAACUAUAAUGAGUAAGAUGAAA